CACAGAUGACAUGUGGGUUACAACACACGUGUAAGUUGUGAGCUAUAACCUUUGUAGUCUAUUUUGUAAUUCAACGAAAAGAAUGAAAGAACGUUUAUUUUUCAAAAGUUACAAAUUUUUAUUUGAUAAAAACUAAGGUAUUUCUUUUAUACAAUUAGAAGUCGUGUGAAUUUUUGAAAAUUGAAAAAUCUGCUCACGAUAUUUACGUCGUUGAUUGUUUAACUAUUGAAUGAUUUAACACCAUGUCCAUGCUGUUUAAUGGAGAUAAUUCUGAUUCGGAUGGAGAAAUAAAAAUAAACUCAGGCUAUGCCAAAAAUUACGAUAAUUGGCGACAAAGGGAGGAGUUGAAUAAAUUGAAAACAAAAUAUGGAGAUAUCAAUGAAAAUGCAACAUCAGACGAUAGUUCUGAUACUGAUAGUUCAACAGAGGAAGAAGAAAAUGAAGUAGUAGAGCAAUUUGAUAGAGAUUUCUAUAAAACUUUAGCUUGUUUGAAAAAUAAGGACCCAAAAAUUUAUGAACAAAAUGUAACAUUUUUUGACGAUACUAAUAAGGCACAGGAAUUACAUAGCGAAAAGAAAUCUACUGUUAAGUCGAAGAAAGAGAAAGCUGUCUAUUUGAGAGAUUAUGAACGCAAAAUUAUUGUGGACAGAGAAGGAAAAUACAGUGACGGCGAAGAUGAGGAUAUGUUAAAAAAGAACAAAAGGGAAAUCAAUAAAUUCACAUAUGCAGAAGAACAAAAACAAUUAAAAGAAAGUUUUAAGGAUGUAUUAUACGGAGAGGAGGAGGAGGAAAAUGUAGAGUUGUUAAAACCAAAAUCCAAGUCUGAAAGCGAAAAACAAAAAGAAGAAGCAGACUAUAAAGAAUGGUUAAGAGGACAAAAGUCAAAUAUCAACGAAAGAGAACAAGAAGCGCUUAAACCACUGCGUGAUUUUUGGUCCAAUCCUAAUUUGGAUGCAAAUGAGAAAUUUUUAAGAGAUUACGUGCUUAAUAAUAAAUAUUUAGAUAAAGAAUAUUCAAGUCUCGAUUUAAAUGACGCGCAUAUAGUUCACGAUAGCGACGAAAAUUUAUCAGAGGAUGAAAAAAAUAUAGAGAAGCAAGAGGAAUUUGAACAUAAAUACAAUUUUAGAUUUGAAGAACCAGAUCAGGAAUUUAUUAAAAGAUAUCCUCGUACUAUGGAAAAUUCUAUACGAAGGAAAGAUACACGGAGAUCACAGAAAAGAGCAGAAGUGAAAAUGAGAAAGGAAGAAGAGAAGCUAAAGAAGAAGGAAGAACUGAAACAAUUAAAAGCAUUGAAGAGGAAAGAAAUUGAAGAGAAAUUAAUGAAGUUAAAAGAGAUUACUGGAAAUGAUGAUAUAAAAUUGAAUGAUAUUGGCUUGGAUGCUGAUUUUGAUCCAUCUGAAUACGACCGAAAAAUGAUAGAAAUUUUUAACGAUGAUUACUAUGCAGCUCCCGAAGAAAAUGUUAAACCUGAAUUUCCGGAUAUUGAUGAGGAACUGGAAAUUGAAGACACGUGGGAUAAUUACGAUCCAAAUGCAGAAAAUUAUGAUACGAACGAUAAAGAAGAAUAUAAAGGGUCACACUGCGAGGAUCCAGAUUUUAAUAUGGAUGCGGAUUACGAUCCAUCAAAAAUUGAUCAGAAUGAAGUAGAAAGUACGACGAAGCGAAGACGUAGGCGGAAAUCAAAAUUCGCUGAACUCAUAGCAACAAAAAAGCCAAAAUUUGAUCCUAAACAAUACAAAUCUUACAAGGAGUACUUUGACACAUACUACUCCUUAGAUUACGAAGAUAUGAUCGGAGAUAUACCAUGUAGAUUUAAGUAUAGGAAAGUUGUACCAAAUGAUUAUGGCUUGAGUGUCGAAGAGAUACUCGUGGCUGAUGAUAAAGAAUUAAACAAAUGGUGUUCCUUAAAAAAAGCUCUUCAAUACAAACCAAAACAUGCGGAAUUAAAUGACGUUCAAAUGUAUAAGCAAAAAGCUAAUAAUGAAGCACUCAAAAUGAAGACACUUAGAAGUUUAUACGCUAAUCCCGAGGAUGAAGAGGUGGAUAAACCCGAGAAUGCGAACAAUGCCGCCACUAUUAACGAUGAAAAUACAGAAACGAAGAAAAAGCGUCGAAGGAAGAAAAAGAAACAGGAAGUUAAUAACGUUCCUAUCGAUGUUAAGACUAAUGAUAAAGCACUCGCGAAUAACGAAAAUGACGAGAAAAUUCCAAAUAAUGUAGACGCGAUAUUGAAGGAGUCAAAAAGAAAAUCGAAAGCUGAAAAACGAAAGCAAGUUGAGGAACAAUGUGAACAGCCAUCCAAGAAGAAACAUAAAACUAACAAUAUUCAAGAAACGAGUUUAAACGUGGGGAAUAAAUUACGCUCGGAAACAGAAACUGUAACUAAAAAAUCUUCGAUAAAGAGAAAGGCCAAUGAUCGAAAUCAGAAUGAAUCAAAUUCCAAGCAUUUACAGAAGGUGGAGGUGGAAGGAAAAAUGAAGAAGAAGUUCAACAAAAUGAAGCGUAAAGAUUUUAAGCAGAGGGAAACCGAUGACAGUAUUGCCUCGUUAAAUCCGGAAAGGUUAAAGAUGUAUGGAAUAAAUCCCAAGAAAUUAAAAAAUAAAUUGAAGUAUGGAAAGAGGCAACAGUAAUAAAUAACAAUACACCUGUAAAUACAAAUCUGUACAUACGUGCUAUCGUAAUAGUCGAUUUUAAAUAUACAGACGUGUUUGGUUAUCUUUUCAUUCUUAUGUUAUUUUUUGAAUCAUAAUACGCGAGAUGCACCGUAACACGCCCUAUUUGAUAUCAAUAAACAUACGGGGUAAACGUUCGGCGAGGAUACGACAUGAUCGAAUAUCCACACCCUCGAGUAGGAGUGGCCAUGUUGUUAGGGCAAAUCCGUUUCGACAUGAUAAACGACGUUUGCGGAUUAUUAGAAUCC